AUGCCAUUCUCGUAUCAUAGUCAUUCCGGCCAGUUUUGUCAUCAUGGCUACGGAAAACUCGAGGAUGUUGUUAAGCAAGCCAUUCGAAAGGGAUUCAAAGUUUAUGGAUUAAGCGAGCACAUGCCUCGGUUUGAUUCCAACCAUCUUUAUCCAGAAGAAAUCCAAGCUAACUGCACCACCAGUACUCUUGCUACUGCUUAUUCCGCUUUUUUGGUUGAAGCCAGACGCCUCCAAGAAGUUUACAAAGAUCAAAUCGAGCUACUGAUCGGAGCAGAGAUUGAGUUUAUUGAUCCAAGCUAUGCUAACCAUGUACGCGACCUUCGAAAGUCCCACACGAUCGAUUACGUUGUUGGCUCUCUUCAUCACACACACUCUAUCCCAAUUGAUUUCUCUCCUGAAUUAUACCAGCACGCCCUGGAACACAUUGGCAAGGGAAAAUUAGAUGCUUUGUUCAAAGCUUACUUUGAUGAACAAUACAAAAUGCUUUUGAGCGUGAAACCCGAAGUAGUUGGCCACUUUGAUCUUAUCCGUAUCUUUGCGGACCAGACCAAAGCUUCGGUAGCAUUAAAUCAGCCAGAGGUUUGGGAAGCUGUGGUGCGCAAUGUGGAUUUUGUGGUUUCAUACGGAGGCGUAUUUGAAAUCAAUUCUCGUGCUUGGAAAAAGGGACUUUUGGAUGCUUAUCCUCAACGUGAAAUCAUAAAGUUGAUUCAAUCAAAGGGAGGGAAAUUCACAUUAUCGGAUGAUUGUCACGGUCCUAAUGAUGUUGGCAUGUUUUAUGACAAGCUUCAUCAGUACCUCAAAGACACUGGAAUUAAAAACAUUCACUACCUCACCAAGCGUAACGGAGCAGUGGCUGUAGAAGAACUAGAAGAUAUUGUCACAGACCCAUUCUGGGCCAAAAUUGAACAUUGGUAGCAUGUUGUAUGUACAUAUUUUUUCUUGUAAAAGAAUCGUUUUGAAGGGAAUAAUAAAUUUUUGUAAAAAUGC